AUGUCUCAAUCAACUUGUACCAUAAAUAAAUGUAAACGAAUAUCACGUGUACUUUGUCAUUGUUGUAAUCAAGAUAUAUGUUUAUUACAUUUAAAAGAACAUUAUGAUAAAAUUAUUUUACAAUUAAAUCCAUUAACAGAUGAAAUUAAUACAAUUGAUAAUCGAUUGAUUACAAUAGAUAUUAAAGAAUUAAUUAUAGAAUAUUGUAAACAACUUGAACAAUGGCAACUUCAACAAAUUAUAAUUAAUAAAAUUGAUAAACAAAAAAAUGAAAUUAAUUUAAUAAAAAAAGAAAUUUAUCAAUUUAAUGAAAAUUUAAAUACUAUCGAACAUACAUCUUUUAAAAUUAAUAUUCAACCAUUAUUAAUUAAUGAUAAUUUAAUUGAAAUUGAUGAAAAAUCCGAUCUACAUUCAAUUCUUUCUUUACCAUUUAAAAUAAUUGAUUUUUCUGAAAUAAAAUCAUCAAUUAUUGCUACAAAUGAUCAAUAUUAA